AUGUCUGAAGAUGAAGAAAAAGUGAAAUUACGGCGUCUUGAACCAGCUAUCCAGAAAUUCAUUAAGAUAGUAAUCCCAACAGACCUGGAGAGGCUAAGAAAGCACCAGAUAAAUAUUGAGAAGUACCAAAGGUGCAGAAUCUGGGAUAAGUUGCAUGAAGAGCAUAUCAAUGCAGGACGUACAGUUCAGCAACUCCGUUCCAAUAUCCGAGAAAUGGAGAAACUUUGUUUGAAGGUCCGAAAGGAUGACCUAGUACUUCUGAAAAGAAUGACAGAUCCUGUUAAAGAAGAAGCAUCAGCAGCAACAGCAGAAUUUCUUCAACUCCAUCUGGAAUCUGUAGAAGAGCUUAAGAAACAAUUUAAUGAUGAAGAAACUUUAUUACAGCCUUCUUUGACCAGAUCCAUGACUGUUGGUGGAACAUUUCACACUGCUGAGGCUGAAGCCGAUCCUCAGAAUAUGACUCAGGUAUAUGCGUUGCCUGAAAUUCCUCGAGAUCAAAAUGCUGCAGAAUCAUGGGAAACCUUAGAAGCGGACUUAAUUGAACUUAGCCAACUGGUCACUGAUUUCUCUCUCCUAGUGAAUUCUCAGCAGGAGAAGAUUGACAGCAUUGAAGACCAUGUCAACAGAGCUGCUGUGAAUGUUGAAGAGGGAACCAAAAACUUGGGGAAGGCUGCAAAAUACAAGCUGGCAGCCCUGCCUGUGGCAGGUGCACUCAUCGGAGGAGUGGUGGGGGGUCCGAUUGGCCUCCUUGCAGGCUUCAAAGUGGCAGGAAUUGCAGCUGCACUUGGUGGUGGGGUGUUGGGCUUCACAGGUGGAAAAUUGAUACAAAGAAAGAAACAGAAAAUGAUGGAGAAGCUCACUUCCAGCUGUCCAGAUCUUCCCAGCCAAACUGACAAAAAAUGCAGUUAAAAACCAAACUUCAGUAUUAUUGGCACCAAUAUGUUUAUCCUAAUGAGGACCUUUGCUACUGUUGGACACUCAGUCAGCUUUUGGAACAUGAUUAUGUCAAGAUAGUGGCUGUAGAUGCUCAAAUGGGAUUGAACUGUGAUAAGUGGAUAUAUCUUUUUGUUUGCUGGAGUGUUAGUGGAGAUGUUAGAGAUUGAGGAGCCUGGGUUGAGGGUGUGUAAUGUUGUCAGGUAAAGUUUAAGGACUGCCAGGGAGCAGAUUUUUGCCUGGAAAUGUGAAAAAUGAAUUUAUAACUUUGAUAAGGACUUGAGAUGU